CGACGGGACGAACGCCGACUGUUGGACCGGCCGGUGCCGCGGCCGUCAAGGCGUCUUCCACUCCGACCACGACGAGAAACUCGACGGCGCUGCCCCUGCCUACCGUCUAGUCGGUGUCCCAGCCCGCGUGCCCCGCCCCCGCCGCACCAACUAGUGCGUGCCGCGGAAUUGGACUAACCCCCGCCCCUACCGCAGGCAGCCCCGGUCAACUCGAUCUGCAGCAAGACGCUGGACAGAAGAAGAGUAAGCAUGGAAAGCUCGGUCGCGAUGCUACGGUACCUCGUCAACCUACAAAUCCUUGCGCUUGCUUCUUCUCUGCAAAUGACUACCUCCGCCGCUGGCAGUGUCGGCUUCGGCGCGGGUGCUGCGAUCGGCAGUGAGAUGCCCUCGCCCUUCGCAUUGCCACUAGCCCACUGUGGUUUCGGCGGUCAUCCUCGCAUCUCUGUCUCGCUUGAUCUACUGUCCAUGACAGCUUGCAUACAUACAAUAGAAAAUGGCAUGUCUGGUUUGCAGGCGUUAGAGCGGGCGCAGGUGUGUACUUGUUGGAGGGAUUCGGGUGAGCUGCUCCUUCUGGGGAUCACGACUACUUCCGCGGAGCGUGAGAGCUCGUCGCACCUGGUGCUAUGAGAUGGUCGGAUUAGCGGUUGACGGUCAUCGCGCAUAGCUCACGAGUUGUGA